GCAGAACGAAAGUGAUUGCAUAAACGACACACGAAAACCGGUAUAAACCGUGGACCGUUGCAACCAGAAAAGAAGGAAGAAACGCUUGCAGUUUCGUGCGAGUGAUGCUGUUCGCACGAAAGCGAAAGUGACGCACGUGUUGUUCGAUAUUCGUAUUUUCGAACUGGUUACCUCCAUUUUUCUUCUCUCAUUCGUAUUAUUGUGCUACCAUCACAUUGGAGGAAUUUAUCGUACGGGGGUCAUCGGGACGGGUCUUUCUUCAACGGUGAAACGAAAUCGGGAAACGCGUUAUCGAUGACCCGUUGCUUUUAUCGACAUUCGUUCAACGACAGCGAAGAAGAAAAGUCGAUGGAAGAAGAGUGUUAAAAGAAACGAUCACAAUAGUGCGAGUUUUCGUUAUUUUACGAAGACAGUUCCAAUUUGCAACCAAAGGGCUGCUGGAUCUUUCCCGAGGCUGAAGGUAUCUGAAGAGCAACGUUUCAGGAAAUCAUGGUAAAGGCGUACGGGGGUGUGUUGAUCGUGGCGGAUGUGUUGCUUCUUCUUCUAAAAAUUCUUUGCUACAUCGUUGAAGCAACGUACAGGUUGUUCGUGCCAGCCGAAGAAAAAAGUGUCCUUGGAGAAAUUGUUCUGGUCACAGGUGCUGGUCAUGGCAUUGGCAGAGAAUUAGCAUUAAAAUAUGCGGCUUUGGGUGCUACUGUUGUCUGUUGGGACUUGAAUCAGCAAGGAAACGAAGAAACUGUGAGCGAAAUUAACAAAUUGGGUGCAACUAAAGUUUACGCUUAUAAAUGCGAUGUGUCGAAUAGAGAAGAGGUGUUUAAGGUAGCUGAGAAAGUCAAGGAAGAAGUUGGAAAUGUGACUAUCCUAAUCAACAAUGCUGGCAUAAUGCCUUGUCGUGCUUUCCUGGAUCAUACACCUGAAGAUAUUAAACGAAUAUUUGAUAUCAAUGUAAUGGCACAUUUCUGGACCAUGCAAGCUUUCUUGCCCAACAUGAUUAAAAAAAAUUAUGGUCACAUUGUUGCCCUUUCAUCUAUGGCUGGAAUUAUUGGUCUGGCUAAUAUCGUUCCUUACUGUGCCUCAAAGUUUGCAGUCAGAGGAUUAAUGGAAGCUUUAAACGAAGAGAUCAGAGGAAUGAGCAAGGAUAAAACUUCAAAUAUCAAUUUCACAACAAUUUAUCCGUAUAUGGUGAACACGGGUCUCUGUAAAAAUCCAAGAAUCAGAUUUCCAAGCAUCAUGUCGCUCGUUUCGCCGGAACAAGCAGCUGCUGAAAUAGUUAAAGCACAGAGGCGAAAUUACACAGAAUUAUCUAUCCCCUCCUGUUGGCUAUACGUUAACGCCUUUCUCAGAUGUACUCCCGACGGGAGUUUACGCUCUACGUUAGACUUCUUUGACGCCGGCCUCGAAGCAGAAAGUUAGCGAAUAUUUAAUAUUCCUACAUACCGUAUAAAGAAGUGUAUUGUGUAAUUAUAUAAGCACUGUGUAAGGACACGUUUAACAAAAAAUACAUUUGCUUCACAACGAUAUCAACAAGAUCAAAUACCAUUCACAACGAUAUUUAUAAACUAUCAAAAAAAAAUAAUCUCUUAUUUACCACGU